UCCCAGUGUGGGGGUAUACUGGGGUAGAGCACGGGGUAUUGAAGAUCUCAGUGAGGGGGGUAUACCAAGGGACUUGGGGAUCUCAGUGAGGGAGUGGGGCACAAGGCUCUGAGUAACUGGGCUGUCAGAGGACCGGGGAACAUGCCCCUGCACUUUAAGGGUUUAAGUGAAUACAAACGAAAUUUCAAAUGGAAUGACUCCCAGAGAUCACAUUCUUGCAGUCCCCUCACUAAGCAAAAAGUACCUUGGGCAGGUGUGCCCUCAGAGCAGCUGGGUAAGCCUAUUAUAUGGAAUGCAAGGGAGCCAAAUUUUAUCUCAAAGAAACGCGUACCAUACUACAGUCCUCAAGCUUCACAAUCUUUUCAGUGGGACUGGAACAACGAUUCCAACAGCGGAUCCCAUGAACCAGAACCCAAAAUAUCUGAACUAAUGAAACCACAGUCUUCUGUUUCAAAUGAAAGAGUGACCGAGAAGGCUCAAGGUAACCAGGAAGAAUCUGAAACUCCCAAUGCUCCUCGAAAGCCUAAAGUUGCCAGAUCGCGGUCUGCAGACUGCCAUUUGCACUCAGCAUUAGAACCAUCACUGAUCAAAGACAGGCAGUCAGCUGCAGUUGCUCAGAAAGGAAAAGAAGACAUGUCUUCUGGAAAAGAGAGUGGAGAUAAGGCAGUUAAUAAUGCUGUAAGUAGGAAUGAUAAUUAAAAUGAU